AGACCGUGACCGCUGUACUGUUAAGUGUCAAACACAUUAGUUAGUGAACUUUUGUAACCCGCUACGUUGUGUUCAGUCAAUGCACUCCUGCAAUGCACGCAAUGCUCCUUAUGUACGUAAGUUACAAACAGCCGUGGCCGCAUCUCAGGUUACAUAAGCGAUGACCCGUUACCAUGACUACUACAGGCGCUGCAGAUCGUGGCGUAGCGGUAUUGCGGUGGUUGCGAUUGGGGUGGCACGUACAAGCAGGCAGGUAUAUGUGGCAGCAUCAGAAUCAGCGACCCCUAGCCGCACAAUGUGGUGGACGACAGACAGCUUCCUUGGCUGUCAAAGGCCGAUGUUUCGAGCAGCGACUGGCAGCCCGGCACAUGAUGCUGCACUGGUUGGCAACCCAGCAAGCCAGUGCUGCUGUGGACACAGGUAGACAACACACUCGGCCCAGCAAGCCUGUGAAGCUGGCUGCAUGUAGAGAGGUCCGUGAGCAAAGGCAUGGAAAGCAGGCCAGUAUCACUUCUUCAGCUAUAGCUGCCAAGCUGUCGAACCUGCUCAGCCACUGCCAUCCUAUGGGAGUGGCACCAACGCAAGAAGGCCAAUCAAGUGUCGCACCCCUGGCAGAGUCACGCUUGGCACAGAUGCCGUGGUGCUACCAAGGUCCCCUGCGACGUGCAGAGCCAACUAGCCCAGAGACAAUGCAAGAUGAUCAACUGGACCUCGAAGAAAAAGACCACAGUGGCACUUUGGAAAGGGGCACUCCAUACCUGGACUUCCUGGCACGGCUUACUGAACACCUCGUUAACCAAUCGGACCUCUCCGAUGAAGUCCUCCAUGGUGUCUGUGAAAGGUACAUUACCAGUGAAGCUGCUCAACUUGACCAGGAGAUCCUAUGGAACCUGGUGUGGGAGCUGUUUCCAGAGUUGUAUCAGUGGAAACACCCACUGUCCUGAAAUGUCAAGAGCAAAGCCAUAGAUCAGCGAAAGGUUCAGCAGCACUGCAGGGGCUUGGUUGUCCAGAAUGAUACAUUUAUUCCUUGUGGAGCUGCAAAGUUCUGGCAAUUCCCAUCACAAAGUUGGGAAUGUUGUGCUGCCAGAAGGCAGCACAAGGCUUGGCGGCAGUGCGGGGGCUUGGAUUAUGAAGAGCAAUAUGUUUAUUUUCGGAGACUAGUGACAAAGUUCUCAUUUUACGCUGUCAA